AUGAGAAGAGAAAAUGACAAGUGGGAGAGGCCCGAGAAGAAAAAGACGUUUGCUGUCUGUCCCUUAAACCUGUUGAGAGCGUCAUGGUCGGAAUCAUCAGGUAUAGGUGGAGCUUCAUGGAUAAUCAGAGAUAGCAGAGGGAGAGUCCCGAAGCACAGUAGGAGAUCCUUUUCUUUUGUCUUCACCAGAGAAAUUGUGGAACUUUGGGCUCUCCACUGGGCUAUUGAGAGCAUGGUUUCUAUGGGACACGAUAAGAUCGUCUUUGAAUCAUCAUGUUUACAAGCAAGAGCGUGUAUUCUAAAGCAGGACACGAAUAGAGGUCCCUUGGAACUUGUUGGAAUGAUCUUCGAUCUUCUUCAAAGAUUACAACAUUGGUCUCUCGAACAUGUUGUUCCUACAAGGAAUAUUGUAGCUCAGAAAAUCGCCAUCAGUGUGACUGCAGAGCGAAGAUAUCAAUCAUACAUCGCCACUGGAGGCCCGGCCUGGCUGGAAGAUCUUAUUGAUUUGGAAGCAAAGGAUGGCUGUCUGCUUCACUAA